UCAUACGAUAUCGCCCUGCAGAGGGCCACUGCGCCGAGUACUGGCAGCAUUGACGGAGAGGCCGAUUACUCUGCUGCGCUGUCCAUUCCACAUAAUACCAUGCACAUACACACACGCAAAAACGGCCCGAUCCAUUCCCCACCCGGCGCAGCACGCUAGUGACCAAAACAGGCGGGCAUGGCAUCAAUCGUAUAGACACAGGCACACAUGGAGAGAGUGAGGUGAGCAGCAUGUCAUGGGAUGAAUCAAAACUUGAACUUGACGCGCUUGUCUUUGCUGAAGAGGGCGUACGCCUCGUACAGCUGGUCGGCAUUAUCGAAGGAGCCCGUCACACGGACACUCCGGUACUUGCCCUGCACCCCACAUGCAGACAGACAGACAGACAGACAGACAACAAAGGCAGGCCCUUCACACAUGCCAUGCGUCCAGCCGACUGCUUUGUGCACAUACCUUAUCUCUGACACUGACCGCAACCACCUCUUUCCCAGUGACCUUCUCCACAAUAUCCUUCAUGUCAGAGCUGAAGGGACCCACAGGUAUCCCGAUCACGCGCAUCUCAAACUCACAGGGGAACGACAGCACCCGAUCGAACACCCUGUCGCCCUUGCCCAGCUGCAUAGACUCCCCCUCCCCGCCGUCCGCCGAUGACGCAUCGGCGGCCGAUGGCGGCUGUGCAGAGAGCACCGUCCACUGCCUGUUGCUGGCGUCAAGGUAUACCCGCCGCCGUAGCGGCGAGUGUGGCUGCGUCGCAGAAGGGGAUGUUGGGGGGCUCAGCGCAUUGCGCAUGAGGGAGAAGGGGAGGGCGGGCUUGAUCCAGGCUGCUGCCAGCCAACACAGCACCAGGCUGAAGUGUGCAUGCGGGAUGAGGCGUGACAUCAGUGCUGUGCCGGUGCUGGCGCUGGUGUGGAUCUUCUGGUUUGCUUGCUUGCUUGCUCCUGCCGAUGACGGCGAUGCGAUGCGAGGGCUCCAGAUGAUCAAAAUCGUUGACCUUCUCAGCUCCGGGACCCUCUUGAUUCAACACCAGCCAGCACCUGAAGAAAUCAGACGAAAAGUUCAGAAAAAUUAAAGAGCAGGAUGACGCAUCACACGGCACUCCCCCGCUCCUUCUCACCUAAUUCUUCG